AUGGGAGAAGACAGCAGUUUAAAGAAGAGCCACAUGGCCAUCGUCUUGGGGAUCGGACUAGGCGUGGUGCUGCUGAUCGUUUUGAGCUUAAUUCUAACGAUCCUCAUCAACCGGCGUGAUCGCCGGGCAUUUUUGCGGUCGAGGAAAAAUCCAGACGAGCGCUUGCGUAGUCUCGAUGCUGUAUCACCGACUCGCACGUUGGAGCAGUGGUGGACCACCACGAAGGGCACGCUGGGUCUUUCCGAAGCCGUGGACGGUCAAUUUGUCUGUGCUGUUUGCUUGGAGCAAGUAAAUCGCUCCGAAGAAAUCCGCGAGUUGCGAUGUUUGCAUGUCUUUCAUCGAGAGUGCCUUGAAAAGUGGUUCUUGGGAGACCACUAUAACUGUCCAUUAUGUCACCGGGCGUAUUAUGUGCCAGAGCAUCCGCCGCGAAAUGACUAUGUAUGGAUGGUAUGA